AUGGCGGCACCCAAGUCCAAAGUCCAUCCCCUCAAUGGGAUGCACACGGCUGGAAUCUUCGCCGACCCCACCGUUGAUGGUCCCUUGAUUGGAACUCUAGUCGCAAUUGUCGACCGCGCAAAGAACUUACCCAACCGCAAGACCAUUGGAAAGCAAGAUCCCUACUGCGCCGCGCGCCUCGGCAAAGAAGCAAAGAGGACUACGACAGAUGUUCGAGGAGGCCAGACCCCCAGAUGGGACCAAGAGCUUCGUUUCGCCGUCCACGACUCACCAGACUACUACCAGCUCAAAGUGUCCGUAUUCAACGACGACAAGAAGACAGAUCUCAUCGGAGAGACAUGGAUCGACCUCAGGGACAUCAUUGUACCAGGUGGAGGCCAGAACGACGUCUGGCGCAACCUGGCCUUCAAGGGCAAGUAUGCCGGCGAGGUGCGCAUGGAGAUUACAUACUAUGACCAGCGGCCGAAACCCGAGAAGCCUGUUGCGAAACCCAAGCCAGUCGAUGCAGAUUCGAUGGAGAAUCACGGCAAUACCAUUCCCCGAAAGCAGAUCAAGCGACGGCCGCUGCCGUCUGAUCCGUUUACGGGCGAAGCUCCCGCCGGCCCAGCCCAGGAUCUGGCGCCGACUCCGCCACGAGCCGGCGGUCCCAGAGGACCGAAAGAAAUGAGCACUCCUACGCCACCAGCUCCAGACGUCAGUCUCUCGGGAUCUCGGCCAAUGCCCAAAGGCCCCAAACAGCAACAGCCCGCUCAGGUGCCUACGCAAUCACCGUUGCAAGCCAUCGACUACAACACCAGCCCUGGUCCAGACGCUUGGUCCAGUCAGCAAGACUUGCACGCGCAGUCGCCCAAGGCUGCCUUGCCGCCUGCGGAAGCGACACCACAGCACACGCCGAGACAUGAGCGCUAUGACAGCCCCAGCUCCCAACAUGACGAGAGAGACUACAGCCCAAGAUACUCGUCCCAGGAAAUAGUCAACCAGGCUCACUAUCGCCAGGGGUCCGAGCCGCCGCGUGACAUGCUCUAUCUGGAAGACCAGCGGCAUGUGUCGCCCGCUGGGGACGACCGUCCACCACCUCCACCCGCUCACAGAAGCCGGCACAACAGCGGGAAUUCACAAGACAUGGUCGUAAGGAGUGCCUACGACACACCUCCCAAACCUGCCAAUGCUAUGAGGCAAGAUGUACUCAGAAACGAGGCUCAUCGCGCGUCCGUUUCUACGGCAGCCUACCCUGGACGACCUACGUACCGUGGCUUUGAUUCGGCACCCGCGGUCACACACGCACUGCCAGCUCCCGAAGAGCAUCACCAUGAGCCAUCGCCGCCGAGACAUCACUCGUAUGAUGCUCACGCAGAGUAUAGAUCCAUGCAGCCGACAGUCGAAGAUGUACCGGAAUCGCCCAACACUGCCGCGACUAAUGCUCAGCGGAGGAUUUCUCGCGCACCCCAGUACGAUGAGCCAAACUACCGCCAAGAGCAAAAGCAGCCCCCACCUCCGCCCUCGCAACAACAGCAACACCAGCACCACCAAUCUAAGGAGAUGGCUCGGCGCCGGAACUCCCACACGCCACAGUAUGAUGAAAUGGGAUAUGAUCAGGGAUACGAUCAGGUGCCCAGUCCGGCACCUCUGAACAUCAGCGGAAGGGGGAGCGCGAGUUCGUCUCGUCAGCGUGGCCACUCCCCACAACCAAGCUAUGGCCGAGGGGACGAGAUGGGACAAGGCGGACGCUACAGCACAUCUCCACGACCCGAUUUCCAGCCGAGGGGUGAUGAAAUGGUUUUCGCAGGAAGAGGCUCCGUUUCUCCCGGUCACUAUAGCACAUCGCCGCAGCCAGACUACCAGCAAGACUACCAGCCGAGAGGCGACGAACUGGUUUUGGCUGGCAGAGGCAAUGUUUCUCCUGGUCACUACAGUACUUCGCCGCAGCCAUAUCGGGGCGGCGAGAUGGUUCGUCAUCAACAAGCUUCCCCUAUAGCUUCCCGUGACUUUGCACCAAGUCCGAUGGACGGAUCGUCGUAUCACUCGCAUUCACGGAGCCAGAAUCAGUACUCCUCGCAGAGAUCUGAAUUGGCAGGAACGCAGGUCACAGCUCACAGCAUGCCCGCCGUGCCGGCUUCUUUAGUACCAGGCGUCGAUCACGGUGUCUCUCAAGAGAUUUCGGAACGCAUCUAUGAGGAGAGACGUCAACAACGGCGCUACACCGACCAGAGCAUGACAACCCCGACCCGAGGGAGACAGCACAGUGAGCCACUCGGUUACGACGGAAGCUACUCGAAUCAGUCGUAUGUUCCGCCAGGAUACAAUCACCGCUCCUCUGUAGCGUAUGGUGCUCCCCAGUCUGAUAUGAACCGGGGACGGGGUGUUUCGCCCAAUCCCGUGAGAGGUCGGGGUGCGUCUCCCAACCCAAUGAUGGCAAGAGGCGUGUCGCCAAACCCCAACGGCACCAGGAGGGGUGUAUCGCCCAAUCCCAUGAACAUGACAAUGGAUAGAAGAGGAGCUUCGCCUCAGCCGCCCCCACAGCACAUGAGGUCGCGGGGAGCCUCUCCCAACCCACAUCACACCAUCAGACGGAAGUCUGUUAGUCCUGCGCCGCCUCCAUCUGAUCAUCGAAGACUAUCAGGUAUCCCAUUCGGGCCGGAUUCGUACGAUGCUCUCAACCCGUCGCUUUCGGCUACAAGCAGCAACGUAUCACGGCCGGACCCAAAUGAGAAGAUCAUCACUCACGAUGGACGUGAGAUUGACCCUUCAGAUCACCUGCCUAUGGACACCUGGGCGCCGGAACCCGAACCCAAGGGACCCAAAACGCCAGCCACUGCUUCCGUUCGCUCACGAGAGUCUCCGGCCGCCACCCAGGCAUUGCCCCCGACUGGUCGUCGGCAAUUGCGGAUCGCAGCUCGGCCUCAGUCUCAAGCAUCUCCGGUCACAUACGGCUCUGAUCCAUAUCACGUCCCGGGCACCCCGCCGAGUGGAGGUCGGAACCGCUUGCAGAAGAAGGCCCAGCGCAUGUCCGCCAUGCCUUCGACGUCACCAGCGGGUUCCAGCCCUCUAGCCCCCAUCUCAUCCCAUAACUAUCAAGACCAUAGUAGCAACUUCACGCCGCCGCGUCUUCCGAGGGCAAGCACGUGGGACUAUCCCAGCGAGAAUCACGCUCCACAGUACGGCAGCUCUCCUGGAGGUGGCUAUGGUGGCGCACCCCCAAUCCCGGACAAGGUCCCUUUACCUAUCAUGAGCGGCGCAAACGGCGAUAAUGAGUGGGCUUUGAUGCAGGAAAUGAGCCGCAUCGACAUAGGCGCCGGGCGCUCCAGGCGUCAUCGUCACUUCUAG